AUGCCUAAACUACGUAAACAAUCGGCACUACAACGUCAACGAAUUAUGAGGCAACAUCUUCACAGUUACCGUGAACGGAAUUUAAAUGACGAUCGGCUCAGAAACUCUCAACAGUUAGCAACAAGGAGACAGGAUCCUGAAUAUAGAGAAAAUGAGCGAGAAAGGGAUAGAGCAGCACAUUCAACUCGGCGCCAAGCAGUAAACUAUAGAUCUGCGGAACAAGAACGGGAUAUUUUGGCACACUCUAUUCUCCGAAUGAAUUCCAGUUAUCGAGCAACUGAACAGGCGCGCGAUGCUUUGGCUCACGCUAAUCGAAGAAUGGAUCCAACGUAUAGGGAAGAAGAACAACAGAGGGACACAUUGGCCCAUUCAGUUCGAAGGAUGGAUCCGACGUACAGGGAGGAGGAACAACAAAGGGACACGGUAGCCCACUCAAUGCGAAGAAGGGAUCCGACGUAUCGCGAAGAAGAGCAAGAGAGGAAUACACUUGCACACUCUAUCCAUCGGAUGAAUGCGACAUUUCGGGAAGGAGAACAAGAGAGGGAUACUGUGGCUCGAUCUGUUCGGAGAAUGGAUCCAACAUACCGGGAGGAGGAACAACAGAGGGACACUUUGGUCCACUCUAUUAGGAGAAUGGAUCCAACUUACCGGGAGAAGGAACAACAGAGGGACACUUUGGCCCACUCUAUUCGGAGAAUGGAUCCAACAUACCGCGAGGAGGAACAACAGAUGAACACUUUGGCCCACUCUAUUAGGAGAAUGGAUCCAAGUUACCGGGAGGAGGAACAACAGAGGGACACUUUGGCCCACUCUAUUAGGAGAAUGGAUCCAACUUACCGGGAGGAGGAACAACAGAGGGACACUUUGGUCCAUUCUAUUCGAAGAAUGGAUCCGGCGUAUCGUGAAGAGGAACGAGAAAGGGACUCUUUGGCAAGAUCUAUUCGGCGACAAAAUGAAGAAUACCGCCAAGUCGAAAGAGAGAGAGACACAGCAAUGCACCGAGUACGUCGAAGAAAUCCAGUUUUCCGUAUUAUGGAACAAGAGCGGAACACUUCAGCUCGUCGUGUCACCAGACAAAGAAAAUAUAAACAUGAGACAAGCUCUGAGAAGUUCAGCAAGGAGAAGAAAUUUGUCGCCGGAAUCGAGGUCACAACUACAAAUUCAAGAUACUUUGAGGUGCAGAGCUAG